GUCGCGGUGAGGACCUGGCUAGUCAGUUCGCAAAAUGAACUGAUGCAAGCGUGAUCUGGAGCUUUUGUGCCUUCACCGCCUCUAAUUGUCAAGUUUUGCCGGCUGUGGACCAUCCACCCCAUUGUCUGGAGCUUGCAUCUGCGGCGCAGCUCGAGAAACAUGGUGUUCCGAUCUGAAAAGAGACCCCUAAGUGGUCCAAGGACUUUGAAACGCAGUCACCUCGCUGGCUGUUUUGUCGUGCUGUGCCUCGCCCUCUCCGCAAAGGGAGCUCUGGGUCAAGAAACAACAUCCCUUGGAACGACAGAGAGAGCGGAGGAAACACCGGGCCACUGCACCUGGUACGGCGAAUGCUACAAGGAAUUUACCAAGAUCAAAAACUGUGUUUACAAUGGCACUGCCAAAUCUCUGGAAGAUGAAGAGUCAAUUAAGAUUCUCAAGACAUUGUGCCCGCACCUCAUUCCGGAAGAUACUACCAGUCCUGUCCUUACCUGCUGUGACAAGAACCAGAUUAAAAAUCUGAAUUCAAAUUUGAAAAUGGCAGCCAACUUUAUCAACCGUUGUCCGUCAUGUCAGCGCAACUUUGUCCGGCAUUUCUGCGACAUGACUUGUGCCCCAGAGCAGUCAAAGUUUUUGGUGGCAAAAGAAAUAAAAAAGACAGACAAAGGCGUGGACUACAUCAACGAAGUGGAUUUGCACAUCACCACCAACUACAUGGAGGGCACCUACAACUCGUGCAAGGGCGUUUACGUACCCGCUGCUGGCCAGCUCGCAAUGGACAUUCUCUGUGGAGUUUGGGGAGCCUCUCGCUGCACCUACAAGAAGUGGUUCGAUUUCCUGGGUGAUGCUACUGGCGCUUUUGUUCCCUUCCAAAUCAAUUACAUCGCCACUGAGGUGCCUGACGACGUGAUUUCACCUCUGAAUCCGCUGGUGGUGCCUUGCAACAAACAGGCCGACAACGAAACAACCCAGUGCAGUUGCGUUGACUGCGACCUGAGUUGCCCUGCGGCUCCUCCCAUAAUCCCACCGCCGAUACCGUUCACCUUCCUUGGCCUAGGUUCCAUUUCGUGGUGGGUCAUCGUGACCUUCAUCCUCGGCACCGCCAUUUUCCUGCUCUCCGUGUGCUGCCUGGGCAAAAAAUCAGAAGAAUCGCCGGUGCCCAGGUCGAGGCGGGCCGAAGAGAUGUGUCAGGCAGUAGGACAGCGGUUAGCCUCUGCUCGUAUGGCAAUGGCUGCCGACGAGGAAACAAGUCCUUUGCAGUCGACCAGAUCCAGUUUCGCCAAUGCGGACACAUUGCCCGGAAACAGCGCAAUCGAGUACAGAAAUCCAUCCAUUAUGGAACGCAUGGGAUCCAUGACUGACAGGCUGCUGGAAAAAGGAUUCACCGCCUGGGGCAAAUACUGCGCGGAGCAUCCGUGGUUCAUCUUGUUCCUUGGCUUGGUCACCAUUGUCACUCUGGGACACGGAAUCAUGUACACCAACGUCACCACCAAUCCUGUCGAGUUGUGGGCCGCUCCCGAGAGCAGAUCCAGGGUUGAAAGAGAAUUCUUUGACUCCAAAUUCGCUCCGUUCUUCAGGACCCAACAAAUCAUUCUGCGUCCCGUAGGCCUCGAAAAGAUUGUGCACGACACAUCAAACGGUCCCAUCACCUUUGGUCCCGUUUUCAACGAGGAGUUCAUGUUGAAAGUGUUGGAGUUGCAGCAGGGCAUUUUGAAGCUCGGCCAAGAAACCAAUGAAGGAUUGGAGCACAUCUGCUAUGCUCCUUUUGCCACUGGCAAAGCAACCAGAGACCAAUGCAUCGUUCAAAGUGUUUGGGGCAUAUGGCAAGAUGACUUGGACAAGUUCAACGAGACAAACACCGAGGAGGAUGGCGACAAGGAAUACGUGGUCAACUAUCUCGACUACCUGAUUGCCUGCUCGCAAAAUCCUUACGAUCCUAAUUGCUUGGCCAAAUACGGUGGUCCCAUCGAACCGGCAAUCGCUCUUGGCGGAUUUGAGACUCCCGAGAACGCGCCUCCCAAGUAUGAGACUGCGCAGGCGCUCAUUAUCACUCUCUUGAUCAACAACCACUACGAUCAGAGCAAACUUGAGCCUGCCAAAAAGUGGGAGGGAAAACUGAUUGAGUACAUGCAGAACUGGACCGCCACUGCGCCCAAGUACAUUGACGUGGCGUUCACUACGGAGAGAUCGAUCGAGGACGAGCUGGAGCGAGGCUCAAAAUCUGACGUCAGCACCAUUAUCGUGUCGUACUGCAUCAUGUUCAUGUACAUUGCCCUGGCUCUGGGGCAGAUGAAAACGUGCGACAGACUGCUGGUCGACUCCAAAGUCACUCUUGGUUUGGGCGGAGUGAUCAUUGUGCUGGCUUCGGUGGCGUGCUCGGUUGGAAUAUUCGGCUACAUCGGAGUGUCUGCCACUCUGAUCAUCAUUGAAGUCAUUCCCUUCCUGGUCCUCGCGGUCGGCGUCGACAACAUUUUCAUCCUUGUCCAGAGCACCCAACGAGACAUGGCCAAAAGUCCCAGAGGCGGGCCCCAAGAGCCUGUUUCCGAGAUUGUCAGUAGGUCUCUCGGCAAGGUCGGACCGUCCUUGCUGCUCACCAGUGCUUCAGAGGCGACUUGCUUCUUUUUAGGUGCCCUGUCUGACAUGCCAGCGGUGCGAGCUUUUGCCCUAUACGCUGGCAUGGCGCUCCUGCUCGACUUUUUGUUCCAAAUCACCUGCUUUGUCAGUCUUCUCACUCUGGACAUGGAGAGGCAACGGGCUAACCGACUGGACGUUUUCUGCUUCAAAACCGCGUCCAGGAAGGAUGAUGGAGUUAUUUCGGAGGGAAUCCUCUACAAGAUGUUCAAAGAGCUGUAUGUGCCAUUCUUAAUGAAGAAGAAAGUGCGAGCAUUUGUUACCGUGACUUUCUACGCUUGGCUCUGCUCGUCACUCGCGGUGCUGCCCUACAUCGAAGUUGGCUUGGACCAGGAACUGUCCAUGCCUGAAGACUCUUACGUACUCAAGUAUUUCCAGGAGUUGAAACGUUCUCUGUCGAUCGGGCCUCCGGUUUAUUUUGUCGCGACCUCAGGACUGAACUACAGCAAACCAGAAGUGCAGAAUUCGUUGUGCGGAGGGCUUUUCUGCAACCCUGACUCGCUCAUGACUCAGAUUUACUCUGCCUCAAAAAUACCGUCCAGCUCGUACAUUGCAAGGCCGCCUUCAAACUGGAUUGAUGAUUACUUUGACUGGUCAGCAUCUUCCUCUUGCUGUAAAAAAUAUGCAAAUGGGUCACACUGCGACAAUAGUGUUCCAUUUGGCUGCGUACCAUGUGAAAUUCCUCUGAUCGAGGCUACUAAACGGCCAGAGCCCUCCGCGUUCAGCGAAUACCUGCCAUUUUUCCUCGAUGACAACCCCUCUGCAAUCUGUUCCAAAGGUGGACAUGCAGCGUAUUCACAGGCCAUCAACUACGAACUCGAUGAAAACAAAGAGGCAAUCGUCGGUGCUAGCUAUUUCAUGGCUUACCACUCGGUUCUCAAGACGUCGGAAGAUUAUUACUCUGCAAUGCGUGAGGCGCGCAAAAUCAGCGCCAACCUGACUGAAAUGAUCCGCGACAAAACUGGAAACAGCGACAUCCAGAUUUUCCCCUACAGCGUCUUCUACGUGUUCUACGAGCAGUACUUGACCAUGUGGCCAGACACUCUUAAGUCUCUGGGCAUAUCUGUUGGUGCCAUUUUCAUAGUUACCUUCCUCCUCAUGGGACUGGACAUCUUCAGCUCGCUGGUCGUGCUCAUCACCAUCAUCAUGAUCGUGACGAACCUCGGCGGCAUGAUGUUCUGGUGGGGCAUUUCCCUCAACGCGGUCUCCCUCGUCAACCUCGUCAUGGCGCUGGGAAUCUCGGUCGAGUUCUGCAGCCACUUGGUGCAUUCCUUCUCCGUUUCCACGGAAGCAAAUAGAAUUAGGCGAGCAGCAGAUUGCCUCACGAACAUGGGCUCCUCUGUCUUUUCAGGCAUUACGCUUACCAAAUUUGGCGGCAUCAUCGUGCUCGCUUUUGCCAAAAGCCAAAUUUUCCAGGUGUUCUACUUUAGAAUGUAUCUGGGCAUUGUGCUGGUCGGAGCCGCACAUGGUCUCAUAUUGCUGCCUGUUCUCCUUUCGUAUAUCGGUCCCCCCAUUCCCAAAUCCUUCCUGGGCAGUUUGUCCAUGGUGUCCUCGAGGAGGCUUCGCGCCCCUCCGAAAAGAGCUCCCAUCGAGGAUUUGCUCGACGACUUUAUCCUCGACGAUGAAUUACCCAGUCAAAGCAAUCCCGCCAACUUUUUCUCCCACUCGCCCGUUGUUGUAAACGAAGCGCCAAACAGCCCCGACCUGGUUUAUUCCGAGUUGCAAUUAACAGCUGGAGGCGGACUGAUCCCUCAGCGACGACGACACAGUCCCGAGGGAACGACCCUGGUCGAGGACGGCAGUCAGGGCGACCAGCACGAGAAACUAAUUUCCAGUUCCUCCUCGUCCUCCAUCAGCAAUGGAGAGGCCACCACCACCACCAACACAUCACAGAAUCCGAACGCCGUCGCCUUCGAUGCUGAUUCAGACUGAAAAGAAAAGCUGUGCGUCUUUCUUUAAAAAGUGUGCGUGCUGGACAAAACUGAAUGCUAAACACAGUGAAAACUUCUCUCGUUAUUUUAUAUGACGUUGAACGGAACAGUAUUUAUGCUUCUUAGACUGUAAGCAGCAACGAAAAAUAGUUGAUUAUACACACUGUUUGAAAUCUAUUAAUGCUGAGCGUUUUGCUGUGAUUGCGUUACUUUUUAUCACGACUUGAAGGAAACGCUGGUUGAUCGUUUGUGCAGGGUUCAUCAACAUAUUUCAAAGUAAUCAAUCAACACAUAUAUAAUAUAUAAUAUUUUUCGACCAAACAGAGGAAAUCCAAAAAUAAUAGAGGAAUAAACCAGCAACCAACGAGUUAUGAUACUUCUUUCCUUGCUUGCCGCCCUUCCAAUUUUUGCGCAGGGUGAGCAAUAUUCAAGGGACCAUUAGAGACUUGCUAGGUGUAAUAUUUUGUUGGCCUCGGAAAUAAUCAGGCUUCCCUCCAUUUUGUUGAUUUCAUUUCUAAGUCUAUCCACUUGCCAAAUAUCCUUUAGUUUCGUUUUCAACUCCUCUGCUUAAACCGGUAAGUAAUGCUAAAUCCGUUCCAUAUAUAUAUGUUAAUUGCGUGCGCAUGUAUUUAUUUUUCCAACAUUUCGUAUUAAUGAGACUUAUCGUCAUGCUUACUUCUUUUGUAAAGAGCGCCAGUCGCGAAUUCUAGACUUGAGGCAAUUAUCAAUGUACUGAAUUUAUAAUAAAAACGUGUAUGUUAAAACAAA